CAAAAGCAACCGCUCUGUCAAAACGCCUAUAUCUUCCUAAAACCCCGAGAGAACCGUUUGUGUAAAAACGAUCGUGCAUGCAAUGCCCCAAUCGUCUCGCUCUAUCUGAUCCUUUUAUCAUCGUCCGCUAAAACCCUAAUCAUGUCGCCGAAUCCAGAACAGAAUAUAUAGGAAAAGAAUUGAGAAGACAAUAUGAAGGGGCUAUUCAAGCCGAAGCCACGGUCGCCGUCGGAGCUCGUACAGCACACCCGUGAGCUUCUCCUCUAUGUGGACCGCAACACGGAGACUCGCGAGCGCAAACGCGAGGAAAAGAUGUGUGAACUAGGCAAAUCUAUCCUCGAGAUGAGAACAGUCCUUUUUGGCGACGGUCAGUCCGAGCCAAAUCCUGAUGCUUGUGCGCAAUUGACUCGAGAGUUUUUCAAAGAGGACAUGCUCCGGCUUCUUAUCAUUUGUAUACCGACACUGGAGACAGGGGCUCGGCAAAAUUCUACACAUGUGAUAGCAAAUUUGCAAAGACAAAGGGUUCAUUCAGAGUUAAUUGCUUCAGAAUAUUUGCAGAAAAAUUUAGAUCUUAUGGAUAUUUUGCUACCUGGCUAUGAAAAUGGUGACAUUGCCCUAACCUAUGGAGCAAUUGCAAGGGAGUGCAUACGCCACCAGAGUGUGGCAAGUUAUGUUUUGGAAUCAGACCACAUAAAGAAGUUUUUUGAGUACGUACAAAUCCCACAUUUUGACAUAGCAUCUGAUGCUCAGGCAACUUUUAAAGAGCUUUUGACGAGGCACAAGUCUACUGUUGCUGAAUUUCUUUCCAUAAAUUAUGAGUGGUUCUUCCAAGAAUAUAAUACGCAGUUGCUUGAAUCUACCAGUUACAUAACCAGGCGGCAUGCCCUCAAGCUGCUGGGAAAUAUGUUACUUGAUCGGUCAAAUUCUUCAGUGAUGAUUCGCUAUGUGAGCUCCUUAGGUAACAUGAGGAUCUUGAUGAAUCUUUUCAGGGAUUCAAACAAAACGAUACAAUUAGAAACCUUUCACGUGUUCAAGCUUUUUGUGGCAAAUCAAAAUAAGCCUCCUGAGAUCAUCAGUGUUAUUGUCAAAAAUCGGAGCAAGCUCCUGAUGUUUUUAGGUGACUUAAAACUUGAUAAAGAGGAUGAGCAGUUUGAAGCAGACAAAUCUCAAGUUAUGGAUGAGAUUGCUAAUCUUGAAACGGAUGGUCGCUCUUGCGCAGAUUCAGACAAUUGUGAGAGUGAGAUUGAUUGCUGAGUAUUUUUCAUUGUUCAUCAACUCUUUCCCGUACUUGAAUGUUAGCAGUAGGAAGUUGUAAAAGCUUGCAUAGUAUAUUAAUAAUGUAGCCAAUUUGAAUUUGGAUUUUUGAUUGUCUUUUUUCUUAAUUGCGUCAUAAAUAUGUUAUGGUGUUCCCCAUUUCAAGCAACUUGAA